UUAAGACACUAGACAAGCCUUCUAGGCACAGUCCUCAAAGUAAGCUUUUUCCUAUCCCCCUCCAGUCCAAUGACCGCCCUAUGAAAACAUAAAAUUAUCCAAUAUUCCAGUCGGCUCACCCAAAAACAGAACUUCAAAGUUGCACUGCAAGGACAACCUGCUGCUUAGAAAUAUUUACAGGAAUGAUAUCAACGAGAAGAUGGUCCUCGCAAAGAAACGGAGACAGGAUUCCUUCUCCAAACAAUCUGAUGGCAACGACUUGAUGAUCCAAGGUAAUGACUCUUUUAUCAAACAUACCUGUGAUACUCAAGGAAGAAGGGAACCAGUCGUCCCGAAAAUGCGCUUUGGGCCAAACUUCCCCCAGAUUGAUAAGACUUUUGACAAUUCUCAGCUUUCUAAACAUAUUGAGUCAACUCCGACUGAGAAGGAGUCGAAAGUCUCAUUCCAGGUCAAAAGUUCUAACAUGAACAAGUUGAUUCAAAAAGGGCUCCUCGUGUGCAAACUUAGCGAGACUUCAUCUCAAAAGAAUGCCCAUGGUUCCUUGCUAAAUUAUUAUAAAUAAGUCAAGCAAGAAUCGGAACAGUGGCAUGAAGAAUCAGAAAAGCGAGUAUUUUACCAAAGCUCAUGAGAAGACCAUCGAUUUUAGCACACAAAAGAAAAAGCGCAUUUCUCAGUCCUCCACCAACAGUGCGAGCAAGGGUUCCAUUAAGAAGGGCUCUAAUGUGGUUAGAAACAGAGUUGAAGGCCCCAUGUCGAUUAAAAUAGACUCUGAUAGUAGCUUUAUGCCUCCUCUCAAUAACCACACGGUAUCAGCCAAAAAUCAUGAUUCCAUUAAAGAAGACUUCGCUUCCGCUUUAGAAGAAAGAGAGGAAAAUCUUUGGAAUGAACUUCGAGAAGAGGACAGCUUCAUCAGCGAGAGAUACAGGAAAUCCAAAAGAAUCUUCCAUAAGCACCGUAAAGGCAUCUCAUCACUUAACCCACCUUCAACACCCACAAAGAUUCACAUGGACAAUGGAUUUGACAUAAGCACCUUUAUCAAGAAUUUGAAUUCAAUUUCAAUGAGAAAAUUUGGAUCUCCAAUGAAGGGUCCUAUCAUUUGACAAGACCCUAGCCAGAUCAUGAGAGAAAGAUACAUUCAGUCAAAAUAGAAUUCUGGAUGAAGACGAACUUCAAAAAUUGCUUAUAAACAAAUAAAUUGAACAUAAAUACACACAAAUUCUGUAGAGAUCACAUAAAAUUCCCUGUUAUUGAAGAGCAUCUCAAAAACUCUGAAAGCAAAACAAACAAGACCAUCUUCAAAACAAAGAAGGCUUGCCACAGGAAUAGAUUUAGAGAGCAUGAGGAGCACCAGUUGUUGAUCAAAAAGCUUGACACCCGACUAGAUAAGCUCAAAGGAGCCUUGAAAAAGGGAAACACUUCUAAUAAGAAGCUCAAACCUGAGUCUCUCCACAUGUCUAGUAAGAUAAAGUUCCCUUUUAAAAUGUCUGAAGAGCCUGAGAAGCCAAAAAUUGGAAAGAAUAGCGUGAAACCUCGUCUAAAGGGUCCAGAGUAUUUCCAAGUUAAAAUUGAGGAGAAAGUUAGAAGUAUCCAAAAGUCAAACCUAGUACCUUCAAAGUAUAAAGAGAUUGUAUCACGGAGUGUUCAUGAGUAUUGCACAGAUUCUCCAUUCAAUACACUGCUCAGAAACUUUAGUGAUUUCAUCACCCUUGCAAGUGGCAAAACAGAUUCGAGAGAGGACGCAAACAUUAUCUCUGAACUAAGCAAGAAGCUUGGAGUCAAGCCUAAGAAAUAAUAUGUUUUUGAAAUACUACUCUUCAAACGAGUUUGUUGAUGAAGUACGGAGCAAAGCACUAGAGAAGUUCCUAAGCAUUAUCAACACUCAGAAUUGCAUCAAAAAUAUAUCUGAAGAGGACGAAAAGCAACCUGAUAUUAUCAAAAGGAAUAACGGUUUCAAAGCCUUCAUUCAAAGAGGCAAUCACGGAACAAUUGUUAAAACCAUGCUGAAUAGGAGGUCUUGGUGGUCCAUCCAGGAUUCACAUGAAGAGAACUACGAAACAACUGACUUCAUAUGGACUCAGUGGAUCAAGCAACCUAUUGUAGAAAGUCUUCCGAUUGAUCCAACUGAGGAUCCUCCUCUUAGGACUUAUGGGAAAUUAGAAGGGAAUUUUCAUCUUUCUAACAAAAAUUCCUUGACUGACAACUUGACCAAUUACUACAAAGCUACAGAUGAGGAUGUAACAGAGAACAUUCCACUAACUUUCCUGGUCUCAGGUGGGAGCAAAGACUCUUCGUUCAGCAAUUUCCGAGAAUAUUUCUCAAAAAUAUCACUCCAAGAUACUGAAGAGAAUCACUGGAUAUGCAAACCAGGUGAAAACAGCAACCGAGGCCAGCACAUCUGAGUGCUAGACGACCUUUCAAUGAUUGAAGAUUACGUAAACAUGGGGGUUCGCGACUGAUACAUAAUCCAAAAGUACAUCAGUAACCCUCUUCUCAUCAAUAAACGGAAGUUUGAUAUUCGGUGAUUCUCCUUACUGACAUCUAUAAAUGGCCAAAACCAUGCCUUUUUCUACCAAGACGGCUACCUACGAACUGCUUCGAAGGAGUACAGUCCUGAUGACCUAGACGACAAAUUCGUGCACCUUACCAAUGAUGCAAUUCAAAAAUAAGUCAGAAGAUUAUGGAAAGUACGAAAGUAGCAACAAACUCUCAUUCCAAGAUUUUGAGAAGUACCUUGAGCAGAACUAUCCUGAACAGAAUGAAGAAGGGCCUGGCUGAUUCUACACUCACAUAUAUCCACAGAUUAAGAAACUGGUUAGAGAUACCUUCCUUGCAAGUGAGGGGAAGAUCAACCCCAAAAAGCGAUCAAACUGCUUUGAAUUAUUCGGAUACGACUUCAUGGUCACUGAAGAUUUUAAAGUGUACCUCAUCGAAGUCAAUACGAAUCCUUGUCUUGAGACUCCAUGCUCCCUACUGUCUAGGAUAAUCUCUUCAGUUCUAGACAACUCUUUCCGGAUAGCUCUUGACCCGUUGACUCAUCUGCAUAAUGGAAAGAUGAUAUUCUUAGGUGAUUCGACCAACAAUCUAAGUAAAUUCGAACUAGUUUACUCUUCCAAAGAUCAAUAAACUUUAAUCAAUACAUCAAAAUAUUCCAG